CUGAAGCUAGUUGCGCAAGAAAACUGUAUUUAUUCGUCUAAAUGUAGCCCGUUGGAUUCAAAAUCGGUCCCAGUUGGUUGUGUAAAAAGUCCCAAACAGAAAAAUGUCGUCACUUUGGGACGAUCUGUGCAAAUAAUGCUCGAUAGGUGCUUAUUAAAGUGAGCUAUUUUCUAUCCUUCAACAAAGAGAGCAGUAGGUACCGAAGUGGGAAAAAAUCGAUAGAUUAUUUUCGCAAGUCUGCGAAAAAAUACUAUUGAAUGCAAUUGCGAGUUAGUUUUCUUUAAACUAUGGAAGUAGUUGCUCUAAAGUUAGAAAACCCGGAAGUCCUUCGGGGUGCUAACAAUAAUAAUAGUAUCUGCUGUGACAAACUCGAUGACAACAAAUUGCUGGAGAACUCGACGAUUGCUUCUGGACCACCAGCGAUGACGAGUAGCGUGGCAAGUCUGCUGGACGAUACGACGCCCAGUGACUCCGGGGUUCAGUUGCUAGACUCCGAGUCUAGUGGUCUGAAUGAGUCAAUGAUAUCCAGUGCCGGUGGGUUUGAGUUUGAUGUGACCAACUUGCAGAACAAUAAUAACAACAACAACAAUGGAAAGAUCUUGAUUUUGGAUAGUCCGGUAAAGGAAGAAAUAGGCAAAUUUGUUGAGAUUGACUAUCAGAAAACUGAAGAUGGUGCAGAGGGUGGCACUGAUGGGGAGGUGGAACAAGCUAUGACCAGCAGCCAAUUGCCGGAGGAAAUGAUUUCCAGCACAUGCUCGACGUUCGAUACAGAGAAUAUCGUGUACAGAAGACGGGUAAAGAAAGGUGCCGGUCAGGUGCAAAACAAAACACCGAAGAAAAGGGUUUCUUUUCAUGAGGAUAUUCUAAAAAACACCAAAACUGACAACAUUCACAUUGAGCACGGAUUUAUCACCUACAAAUCUGGAGCCAAUAAAAAUAAACAAUCAGCUGGGGGCAAGGGACGCUAUUCUUGGUGCUCGGAGCAUAACGACGAUGGAUUUGAUUACGGGGACGAAGAUGCUGGCCAGAACCAGCAAUACGUAUACAGGAAUGCUUGCUCGGAUGUACUGGAUUACGGUAAAACAGACGUUUUCGAAAACAUCGAGGACGAGAAAAACUACGUCAAGUAUGACAAUUCGGGCGUUUUCGAGUAUGGUCCGCCGGAAAAACGCGCCGCAGCGAAGCGCAACAAGGACGGGAAAGAGUUUUACGAAUGCACCUGUUCGGGAUCUAAUUCCAGUCUGGAUUCGGGCAGCAGCAACGAAGCGACGAAUUACAAGCAGAGCAAAUCGAACAGUUGCGAGUGCAUCGGUCAGAGCAAUAACAACAACAAUAUAAUACUGGACAGUUGCUACUACAGUGAACCGAAUAUCGAACAUCUGGAUGAAUUUAACGGUAACAGCAUGGGCGCAAACGAACGAGUCACCAAAUCGGUGUGGAGCAAGGAAAAGAAACCAAAGAGCAGCUGCUUGAAGAAAACAAAGCGAAACAUGAUGUACACGAAUAUAGUAGUUCCGGAGUAUGAUUUGACCAAGAAGGUUAAAAAGUUUAACGUUCAUCACCUGUCGGUGAUAGAUAAUAGUAAAAUGAUUUUCGGUUCGUUGAAAGACAUUUUCGGAAUUGCACUCCCGGAACGGGGAGUACCGGAAGGUUCGGAAGAUCUUUCCACCGUGCGGGAGUGCAUACCGGAAGCAAACGAUCCGAUGAUCGAUGACUUCACCGUGGUGCAAAAGCCGAAGAAUUUUCUUUCGAAAAGUUUGGACGGCGGUUUCAACAGUAACAAACCGAACGGACCGAAAAAGUACGUCCACAACGUGGACGAACAGUUGAGGCGUAAGAAUGACGAGGAUCUGUUCGCUCCCAGUCGAAAGAACAGCGUCGAAGAAGAGGAGAAACAGGAUGACAAAAGUCCGGAGCAAGAACAACAGCAAAUGCAGCAGGUCAGUGAAAAACAGCAACCCGUAGCUCCGUAUCGCAAUAAGUACAUUAUCAAUGGUGAAAGUACUGUAUUUGAACAUACUGGGGUGUCCUAUUGCUAUGAAGAUGGGGAGAAUAAUUCCGUUCCCGGUGAAACUCUUAAUCAAAAGGAACUGCCGGUUGGUGAAACCACUAGUGGUUCGUUUAUCGGUAAAACUCAAAUCAAGAAGAAAUUAUCCAACAUUUUUCAAAAGAUGACGGUAAUCAGUUCGAAUGCGACUUCACCGACGCCUUCUAGCGCCGGGCCGCCACGUAGUGGUGGAGAUGGAACGGAAGUGAUGCAAGAGGUACAACCGGCAGUUGUUACUGCUUCGACGAACACGAAACCUCGUAAGCAGUCGGCGGAUGAACUCGACAGCGGGCUUGGGGAUUCUACGACGGAGAAGAGCUCCGAUAAGAGCCAAAAUCGAAUGGAGAGCAGCACAAUUUCAUCCUGCGAAAGCGAGCAAAGCUCGUCGGUGCAAUCCGAAACCAGCAGGGAGCAGAAGAAAGCAUUAUCACGCGAGCAGCAGCCGUUCAGCAAUCUUAGCUCUCCUCGUAACUCGAUUGGCCAUCGGCACCUUCCAUCGCCGUUGCGUAAAAAGUCGCUAACCACACGGGUAGAUUCUUCUCGUGCCCGCAUGAGUCCUGAUCUGUUCAAUCUCGGUGGCCUACCACCACUGCCGCCCGGUCGUCAUCUGAACGCAGAUCGGCAGCUCAUUUCCGACGAGUUCGAUGACAUUCUCACGGUUACCACCAGUGCAACCAACGAAACGGACAAGGACAGCAGCGACAUAGUCAUACUGGACUAUCCUUCGACGGCUAGCAGCACUCCUACGCCGCAGCCAGACGUCGUCGAGAUGCUACCGUCGGAGCGGUCCGCCCUGUUUGGUCGGCGGCAUCACAAUCCGAUGACGGCUUCGGCGAGUUCGACGUCCACUUCGAAGAGUUCGCUAAUCAAUCGUUUUCUCCGGAACGUAACGCAGAAGAAGAUCCUUGAAGCGACGAUCAAGCAGAACACUUUCUUCCAAUCGAAGCUGAACACAGAGCGGAAACUGUUCGAUAAUCUGGUACCGAAAACUAAGGUUCAGUCGUUGAAUCGGGAGCUGAUUGAAGAUCUGAAUGCGGAGAUUGCCAUGGAAAUCGAGCUGAGCUCGUCCGCUUGCCAGUUGGAUCGAAUACAGUUGAACGAUUUGCACGUUGAACAGGCCGGCUAUGGGUUAGCGCUGGGGGAUAUUAAAUUCGAUGGUGGUGGUGUCGGGGUAGGGGAAAUUCCGGUGGAGAUUUUCAACGGCAAUCGGUUGCAUAUUUUCCGUAAUGAAAACGAAGUGCUGAUGAAGGUUUUUAAGCUAUAUAAUGGGUACAGUCGAGAGGGUUACAUGACUCCGGUGUUGGUUUUUCUUACGGAUAAAACGUUGUAUGUAACGGAUCAGGUGAGGAAUAGGCUUUGCAAUAAGUUUGUGCUGCCCUACUCGGAGUUGGACGUGAUAUUGGUUGGUCCCUAUGGGAACACGGUUCUGUUGAGCAAUUCGGCUCGUGAUAUGCAGCAAGUUUUGCUUGCUGGAGGUCCUUACCCGGCUGACGGGUUGGUAGCGAGUUUGGAACUUUGCGCCAGAAGAGGCGGUUCGAUUCUGCCAGCGGUGGGCCAGCUGACACUGGAUCAUCUAGCUCCGCUGCAGGCCUUCGUGCGAGAUCAUUCCAAUGUAACUAGAGAAGAUUCCUGGAAAUACUACGCUGUGGUGAAUGUUCCGGCGGGAUCACUCGGUGGCGAAGAGGAACCACUUGGACCGCACAUCAAGGGACCGCUGAUGCAUCGAAGGAUGUCUCAUGCGGGAUUCGUUGAUAACUGGGCUGCUGGGUAUUUUCUGCUGAAAGCUGGUGUGCUGUACCUGUUUGCGGACGCUAGUCAAAAACUUCCGACGUGGGCAGUAGCCUUGGCCGAGUGCCAAGGAGCCAGACGCUCGCUACAUUCCGGUAGACCGUACUGUUUUGAGUUGCUACUGCGAACGGGUGCUCUGCAGCUGGCUGCUCCGGAUGAGUACGUAGCUUCUGAUUGGUUACAAGCCUUGGUACAGGCUGCCAGUGGACUCUUUGAGCUCCAGGAACGUCGCCCAACGCUUGGAUGUACGCUGAUCAUGACCUCAAAUCACCUGCUAACGUUGCGCGAAGAUUUCAGUGCACCAUUGAGACGGAAUACGGCUUCCACCAGUGCAAGCUCUAGCGUCAUGAUGUCUCCAGCGAAAGAAAAUAUAAACCCAAACACGCAACAGCAACUGCUUCUCACAGCAGAGAACCAAAGAAAGCCCUCAAAUGCUUUAGAUACUUCUAGCGAGAUAAGUUCAAUCCAUUCGACCGGCAGCACUCCAACGCGGUUCAAUCCGGCAGUUUGCGACCGGCGCUCGAACUCAACCACUAGCACACCAACCAAGACUAACCUACAGAUGGCUAGUAAAAAUCUAGCUGCAAACUCCCCGACCCAAAGCUACCGACGUCCGUCCUCCUCGGUGGAAGGGCUAAUUGGGGGCGGCGGCACAAACGAAGAGAAAAGUCAUACCAAUAUGAGUAGUUUCUAUGGGAAAAACUCCGGUGUUGAGGUAUUGACUUGCGCAAGCAUUGACGAAAUGACAGCGGUUAAGAUUCCGGCAAUAUCCUCGAACUGGUGGUGCAUUCUGGAGUUCGAGUGUCAGGAAGUACGAGAAAAUUCGGAUGACCUUGUUGUUUUCUUCUCCACCAGCAGCGAGCAGGAACGAUUUCUUUCAAUGUUGGAGUCCAUUUGGCAUUCUAAGAAGGAGGAUUCCUUCCCGGCGUCGAUCGUGACCAGUGAAGACAAUGUAUACCAGCACUGCUCAAAACUGUUUCUUGAGAUUAACCGGUCCUGGGAACCGCUGCUGUCCGCUGCAUUGGGCUUUCCGCAGUAAGUGUUCGGUUCGGUUGACCUGGUAAGUUGUACAUUUACUAUCAAUGAAUGACAGGAAUAGUCAUUCUCUCCUCUUUGUACCCUGUGAACUCUAGCCUGAACAGGCAUAAAAAAAAUUAAUGUUAAGCGUUUAGAGUGGCUAAAACCUAGCAAGGGAAGGGCUUUGAUAAAAUUUUCAUUUUGGGCUGGAUCCAAACGGAAGACGAAGGCUUAGGGUAUUAUUAGUUGCUUGAAAAUUAAUUUUUAUAUGAUUUUCACUGUACUGAUUAUUAGGUCUCUCUAAAAAUCAACUCCAAAAUUGGUGCUUAAAUUGUUAUAUGAUUAAUACCUGUUAUAAUUUUUUCCAACACCAAAAUUUGCUUUUGCAACAGUUUGAAAUCGUCGUAUAAUAAGACAAUAUGUAUUAAACGUUUCACAGCUAUACAGUAAUCUAACAAAUAUUGUAAUAAAAACAAUGGGAAUACCUUAUCUGAGUAAACUGAUUAACAUAUAUGCAAUGUAAAUGUUAAACAAAACAAACCAGAAUACUUAGCUUUAUAAAUAUUCAAUGUGCUGUUCACUCAACUUUCGAUGUGGUAAAAAAUAUAUUUAAUUAUUUGAAGUUUAUUAAGCUUCCCCAAUUAUCAUCGAAUUUGAUAGAUUUUUAGCCGCUAUUUUUUGUUCAUACCUAAGAUUUCUAAGCCGCUGCUUUGUGAUCAAAUUAUUCCAUUUAUUUCAAAGG